GUCGAAGAGAUAUUUUAUAUGUUUUUGGUCAUGAGUUGUUUUAGGUCUCUGUCAUCUUUUCAUUACGUCUACGUAAAUACACUUUGUUAUAACCAAAGAGACGAUAUUUUUAUAUCUCUUAUUGAAAAUGACAAAAUUUCUAACGUUCGUCUUGGAAUUUCAUUAGAAAAUUACUUAUCGUUUAAAAAAAAAAAAAAAAAAAAAAAAAAAAAAAGAAAAAAAAAAGAAACUCUUUGAAAGAUGGGAAGUUAUAUGAGUAGAAUUGCAUCUAUGUCAAAUACUGCAGUACAUUCUGUUUAUCGAGGCCGUAAACGAAAAUGCAUCGAAGAGGAUGAUUUCGAUUCUGAAUUUGAAUACAUCGAUCGAACACUUCAAACGCCUAAAAAGAGAAAAUUACUAACAACCGCACAAUAUAUAUACAAAACAUUAUUCCAAGAAGAGAAAGGAAGUGAUAUAACUGUGCUCAUGUUAGGAAAAGCAUGGAGAUUACAUAAAGUUUAUAUUAGUCAAAGUCCAUAUUUUGCAAGUAUGUUUUCUGGAUCCUGGAGAGAAACAAAUGAAACUGUAAUUAGCGUUGAAAUUGCUGAUUCCAAUAUCACAUUAGAUUCUCUUUUAACAGUACUAGGAUCAUUUUACCAAGACGAAGUCAGUUUAGAGCCAAAGGAUGUCAUUUCAAUUUUAGCUACGGCUACUUUAUUUCAAUUACAAGGAUUGAUCGAUCAAUGCACCAAUAUUAUGAUUGAAACUACAAACAUUAAAACUGUUGUUCCAUAUUAUAAAGCAGCAGUUUCAUAUGGUAUGCCUGCAGUUAAAGUGGCUGCUAAAAAAUGGAUGGAAGUUAAUUUAUUAGGAUACGGUUGGUUAUAUCCAACACUUUUACAAGACAUUACUCCAGAUUUAAUGGCAGAAUUGAUUGUUAGUCCAGAUUUGGUGGUUAUACAAACAGAAUUUUGUAUAUAUAUGAUGCUACGUUUAUGGCUGUUUGUACAUCUAAAAAAUAGGGAUGAAACGAUUGAGAUAGACUUUAAAAACCAUACAUGGACAGAACCUUUUCUAGCGACAGAGGAAGGCAAAGAAUAUGCAACUCCGUUCAAAGCUCUAAGAAUGAAAUAUCUACUUUUACAUGAUCAAGAUGUUAGAGUUUUAUACAGUGAUGAUUUAAUACCUCCUAGUUGGUUACAUGAUGCAUAUAAAGAACAAUGGUUACAUUUAUUAAGAAUUGAUGCUAGCAAAGAUAAAGGACCUGAACAAAUGAGUGAGAAAGAAUUUUAUCAAGAAUGUUUUCGAUGUGGCCGAUAUGUUGAGAAACCCGGUGAACAUAUCUGGAGAUGGACAGCAUUUCAUUUUGGACUAGAUUUUAUUAUGUGUCUGGAUACUACGAUUUUGCGUAUCAAACGAAAUCAAAGAUUAGAUACAGAUCAUAUUCACGCAAAUCAUAAUAAACAUAAUAUUAUUUUAAAGGUAACAUUAAUUUCAUUGGAUGAACAACGCCAAGUUAAACAUAUUCAAUCUUCCGGAAUGCUUAGGUUAUCGCUACACAAAAAUGAAGAGAAACAGGUGAUGUCUCUGGAUAAACAAUUAACGUAUCCUUUGUACAUGUCUGUUAAUAUGCAAGUAGUAACACCAUUUUUAUUUAAUGAGGAAGAGAAAUUAAACGAUGUCAUGCUUGUGGAUACCUAGCAGUUUAAAGAGAUAAACAAAAUACAUGAGAAAAUGGGAAUUGAAAGGUGCUUUCAAUAAUGCUGACUAUAAAAUCACGAUUUUGUAAGUUUGCGAGUUUGAGAUUGAAUUAUUUGAAUUUCAUUUUCAAUAAGAUUUUUCUAAUCUUCUAAUCAUCUAAUUAUAAUUGUCGAAAAUUGCGUGCUUUUUAGAUAUUAUAAAUCUAGUAUUAUGAUAUUUUUCUGGUCGGACCAAAAUACUGUAUAAAUUUUAACUUGCAUUUAUACAUCGAAAUUAUAGCGUAGAUAUAUCAUUUAAAGUUACUUAAAUACUUACCUUUAAUUAUCAAAUUUACUUAAGUAUUAGUUGAUCAAGAAAAAUCAUAUAUUAAUAUUCGCGCAGAAAAUAAUAUAUUUGUUUUUCAAAAUGAAGUCAAAUAUAAUUUAUCAAAAGUUAUUUGCUUUUUUGUAAAAUGCAAAUAACCAUCUUUACAAAUGCACAAUUUACUCGAUUAUUCGUUGAGAUAAAGACUUCAUUAUAUAUUCAACAGCUAUUAAUCAUAUACAGGAAAUAUAAAAAUUACGUGUUGCCAUUUUAUCAGAUAAUUUUUUAAUUCAUAAUCGGUAUAAAAUCACUCUUGAAUAUGGUCAUGCAAAGUUAAUUUUAAUCUUGAUAAUUGAAGUCUUACUUCUUUUACUAUUCCAAACUAUUUUAUUUGUCUAACAUCAAUAUCAAAUUUACGAUUGUUUAAGAAUUUUCAUUGCCACUGAUGAACUGAAAAAUUAUCUGAUAAUGUAGUGAGAUGAUUUUUAUACGUCCUGUAUUUAUAAAUUUAUCUAUGAAAUAAUUCUAAUACAUUGAUAAUACACUGCUAAAAUGCAUUAUACAUUAAUAUUGUAUUAAUGCAGUACCAAGAAAUAUAUAUAAAACGUUUGACAUUUCGUUACAUUAUUUUACAUAAUUUUAUUUAUUAAUAGCUAGGAUAUAAAGAAAUUUAUUAUUUUAGUAAUAGAAAUGCUUUCUAGUUCAUUUAGUUUUUAGAACAUACUUUAUAAAUCUGUUAAAAUGGAAAGAUCUUUUUAAGUUCUAUUGGAUAUUUAUCUACAUAAGAGCGAAAUACAUAAAAAUAUAUGUUUGCAAUAUUCAAAUAUUAAUAUUAAUUAUACUUGUCCAAGCUUUGCAGAUUAUAUCAAUUUGGGCAGAAGCAAUGUAUCUAUAGAUAGAUCUAAACAUUUCUAACUAUGUCAUUAAACUAUUUCAUAAAGCUUUAAUAUGUAGGAUUUGAUAUGCUUCUUAACUGCUAUAGAUAAAGUUUAAUAUUUAUUUAACUUUACAUAUUAAUAUAUUUAUGACAAACUAUUCUUAAAUGAAAUGUCAAGUUACAAAAGAACAUCUUAUUCAGCAUAAUUCAUAAUAGAUAAAAGAUUUGUAUUUGUAAAAGUUUUAUGAUAUAUUUUUACUAUUAAAAACAACUGUAAAUAUAAAUUGUGUUAAUGCAGAAUUGGGUUUUAUAACAUUUAUAUACAAAAAAAAAACAUAAUUAUUUAAGUUUCUAAGGAUAUAAGGAAUUUGAUUUACAGAUAAUAGUAAAACAAAAGACAUUUGUAUAACAAUACUAUAUAGAAACAUUUGAUUUCAUGUAUCAUAUAUUCCAUAAAAUAUUUAUAUAAAAUUUCAUUUCUAGGAAAACUUUAAUAUAACAGAUAUAAAAUGUACAUAUAAUCUAUAACUAUCAUAUAUAUAUACAUAUGCAUAUAUAUGUAUAUGUAUGUUAUUUUUAUAUUUUUCUCACUUUUAUAUAUCUUUCUAAAACAAAUUAAACGGAAGUUUUGUUCACAAGUGAUUUAUAUAUAAAUGUGAAAGAAUAUUUUAAUUAACAAAAAUGACUCCCACUUCCAAAACAAUAUAAAUAUAUCUACAUGAAACAGUAAAUGUUUAUAAUGGGAUUUUUGGAAGAAAAACGAUAUAAUUUGAUAUUCUUUUCCGUAACCAUUUAACACUUUAUUGGCAGAAUACUCUCUGUACAUUGUGUAUUUUGUGUACAAUAGAAUAUAUAAUUUGACAAUAAAUGUUACAAACAAAUUUAAAAAGUUUGACGUAGACAUUCUCUUGAUACGUUUUUAGGGGACAACCGGUAUUAUAACUAGAAUUCUUAAUGAAGCGUCAAUUUGCGAUCAUUAUUAUGUAUAAGAAUUUUACGCAUGUCGUCAAAAUGUGUUAUUCUUCAAUUCGAUAUGCAUGAGGUGGGGCAGUGUCAUGAUUUGGAAAUGUGUGUUAUUGCAAUUUGAUCCACCACGAUUAUGUAAGAUGAUAUGUAUUGAAAUGCGCGACUGUAUGAUUUAAGAUCGGAUGAAUUUGAAAUGACAAAUCAGAUUAAUCUGCGUUUCCAUUAUUAUACUCAUUCGAGUAACUAGAAAAGCAUAUUUUUCUUGUUGUUAUCCCUCGAGGAUUUUCUUCCUUUACAAGAAAUUCAAAUCGUGGACACAUUUUUUGAAAUUAUUUCAAACUUUUCUAUAUUGCAUUCGUAAACAUACUUUAAAUUUAUAUUUAAGAAUAUAACUUUAAGCGUAAUUGAAUAAACGCAUAAGAGUCACAUGACAUGUAUCGGCAGAAAUAACAGUAUUUAGAACACUA